GCCAGUUGUCUUGACUGAUGAAGGUACAUUCCCUUGUCUGAGUGGUAUACACAAGACAUGCGGCUAACACAUCUCCACAGUCAAUCUCAACCACUUUCGACUUUUGAGGGUGGUGGGCAAGGGUGCCUUUGGAAAAGUCCGUAUCGUCGAGCGCAAAGACUCGGGGUUGACUUUUGCCCUCAAGUACAUCCGGAAGGAUGAAGUGGUCCGCUCCGAAAGCGUACGCAACAUCAUCCGAGAACGGCGAAUGCUGGAACACCUAAGUCACCCAUUUUUAUGCAAUCUACGAUACAGUUUUCAGGACGUCGAAUACCUCUACCUUGUCGUGGAUCUUAUGAACGGAGGUGAUCUUCGGUUUCAUAUCCAACGAAAAACCUUUACCGAGGAUACCAUCCGCUUCUGGAUGGCAGAAUUGGCAUGCGCUCUACGAUACAUUCACAGCCAAGGUAUUGUACACCGUGAUGUCAAGCCAGACAAUGUGCUGCUUGAUUCCGAAGGUCAUGUUCACCUGGCAGACUUCAAUGUCGCAUCGGACUUCAAGCCCGGCAAACCGCUGACAUCAAAGUCGGGUACCUUGGCUUAUCUAGCACCAGAGGUAUUCAGAGGGACGGGCUACUACAGUGAGGUCGAUUGGUGGUCGCUAGGAGUCACGAUGUACGAAUCCGUGUAUGGGAAAAGGCCCUUUGAGGGAAAGACCUACGACGACCUCGCCGAAUCCAUUUGUGCAGCCAACCCAAAAUAUUUCAUCACCAAACCGCCCGUAUCGAUGUCCUGCCUCCACGCAAUGACCUCGUUGAUCGAAAAGGACCGGCGGAAAAGAAUUGGCGCUACCGGUUUCGACACAUUCAUCUCUCAUCCAUUCUUCCAGAGCAUCAAUUUUGAGUUGCUAGAAAGGAAGCAGAUACCACCUAUAUUUAUCCCGUCCAGCGAGAAAACGAACUUCGACGCAACAUACGACCUUGAAGAACUGCUUUUGGAGGAGGCACCACUCGAGGCGCGGGCUAGGAAGCAAAAGCCUAGAGCCGAAUUGCGCACCGAUGCUACGACUCGAGAGAUACGGGAAGACGAGCUGCAUCGCAUGAUUGAGACUAUGUUUGAACCUUUUGAUUAUACCCUUGCAAGUUAUGAAUUGAACGCAGCAUCCGCAGUGGCUGGCACGGUGCCAGACGAACAUGAACAUUUAGAUACGACACAACACGAUUCCCAAUCCGUACCGACGUCACCGGACGGUUCACCACCGUUGUCGCCGAAUACCAUGCCAACAGCUUUCCAUGCAGAAGAGUCAUUCCCUCCGUUGGACAAAUUGAGGGCAGCGCUGCCCCAAACGCAAACACAAACACACGUCCGGCCCGCUUCCUCUUCGAAGUCGUUUAGUCGUCCCAUUCCGCCUCAAAGACCAAUCGCAGCUCAACGGCAGCCGAGCAAAGGAGGUGGUGUGCAAAUGGUCCUGGAUGAAACAGGGAGCUGGUCGAACCUGGCUGACCAAACUCCCCCAGUCCCGGAUCUUCACGGUGGUGAGAUGCAUGGGAAAGACAUAAAAGGCAGUGGCAGCAUGCUAGGAUUCUUGAGCAGGAAGAAGGGUCGCGAUCGAAGUCCCAAACCAAAGGAAGCUGGCGUCAUUGGAAAGAUUGGAGCCAGGCAUAUCAUCAGCUGAAGUGGAGGAGAGCGACGCGAGAAGGGAUCUACAUUCUUCAAAAUACAGUCAAGCUGUUGAAGAAAUUCACCAGUCAACACCACGACUGUUCUGGUCAGGCAUUGCAUUUCUGCACAGCGAGUCUUAGCAACCAUUUCAUGAUACACAGAAUGUGUGCAAGACAUUCAGCAUUGGGGUCAGGUUUGGGAGGCAUAACAUUCUGGUUGCAAUUUUGUACCAAUAUCAUCAAGUAUGAAAUCCACGAUAAUUAAAGAGAUGUAAUUUUACAAAGACCCAGAA